ACUGAUUUUUUUCCAUUGUGUUACAUUAAGAUAGAUUUCUUAUAGAUAGUAGAAGACAAUUUCUUUCCAAUCUGUAAUUAGCAAUAUAAGGCGUAAAAAGCACAAUUAGUACCACUGGCGAAAUAUAAGAAAAUAGUUCAAUAGUUUUAUGAAAACGUUUGUAUCACUCAAAUCCUAUGUUUUUAAUGGUUCAUUUGAUAUUGAUUUUUCGCUGAAUCACAUAGUUUUCUCAAACACCCUAAAGAAUAGAACCCAUCGUCAUUAACUUCACAUACCUUUAAGCGACAAGUUCAUCAUGUUUGGUUCAUCAAAUUUUCUUCUGAAUAUCUACAGUUUGUUAAUUUUGUUUUUGCUACCUAUAUUCCUGAAGUUUUCUAAAGCAGAUCAUGAAGAUAAUCCAUCAUUAUCUAAGGAUAUAAAAAAAUGUUCUAACAACUACACAAUGUUUUGUGUAAAAAAGGAUAUACUUUUAUAUUUGGAUAAGUUUAAUGAAGAAAGAAGUUAUGAGCUUUUUCCUGGUUUUACCAUUCAUCAGAGCCGUUUAUCCAAUGCUGUUUAUUCAAACGUUUCUCAAUUCGACAAAGCUAACUUUUCUGAUUUAGAUAGUUUGAUAAGCAAACGAAUUUAUGACUACAUAGAAAGUGUUGACAUAAGAGUUAAAUUGAUUAGUCCUAUGAAUUCAACGACACGAUCAAUUAGUGCAAGCUUUCUCGAACGUGUAUUGCCAUUUUUCCGAAUGAGUAGAAAAAAGAAAGAUCAAUAUGGCGUUUAUUGGGCUGCUGCUACUAUGGCUACUUUGGGUGGUAGCGCGCUGUUGGCUUUAUCAAGUAAAGCUCUCAUGACUGCUGGUGCAGCAUUGGCAUUUGCCAUUUAUAGCAACAUGAAAGGAGGUAGUGGCGGAAAAGGAGGUGGUAGUUUGACAGCUACAUUAAUGGAGGAGAGUGCGCUGGUACCACAAAGGCAAUGUGCUGAAGCAUUGGUCGAUUUAUCUGGACAUUAUCAAGAUAUUGAACGGUAUCCAGGAUCUAGGAAAGCUGUGGAAAUAGUGUCUCCUAAGCCAGUUUAUAGAAUACAAACAGAAGACUACUCUUCCCCUUCUUAUAAUGGAGCGUCAUCUUCAUAUCCGUAGAAUCGACAUGAUCAAUAUAGUUUUAAAAUAUAAUUAAUAAACAUGAAGUAUUUAUAUAAAGU